GAGAAGGAAUAUAGCCACAACGUAGCCAUUACUAUGGGAAAGUGGCAGGAAAUGACAAAAGAGGAGUUGGAGACUGAGUACUCCCCUAGUAGAUGGUCUCCAAGGCUGGAUAAGGAUGCUGUGAUUGAGGCACACAUGAAAGCAGUGACUGAAGGUACUGUAAACGCCCAGGCAUUCACCCAAACUCUGCUGAAUGUCCCCUAUGGCUCCAGCGAGGGAGAGAAACUGGAUGUGUAUCUUCCUAAAAAACAUGUUGAAACCUUUCCUCUGGUCCUCUAUAUUCAUGGUGGCUACUGGCAAAGCUUGAGCAAAGAAGUUUCUGGUUUUGCUGCAUGUCCCCUAGUGAACCAAGGCAUUGCCUUUGCUGCAGUUGGCUAUGAUGUGGCUCCAAAAGGCCAACUGGAGGUGAUGAUUGAACAGGUGCGGCAUAGUGUGGCUUUUGCAGUUCAGCAAUAUACAGGGAUCAGUGGUGUCUAUCUGCUUGGGCAUUCGGCAGGAGCCCACCUGGCAGCCAUGAUACUUUCCACAGAUUGGGCAAAAUUUGGUGUUGAGCCAAACAUUAAAGGUGCCUUUUUGGUGAGUGGCAUUUAUGACUUGGAGCCCAUCAUGCACACCUAUGUUAAUGAUCUGUUGCACAUGAGCCGUGCGGUGGCCCAAGAGAAUAGUCCUUUGUGGUGUGUGCCAAAGGUGAAUGACAAGAAAGCUUGCCGGGUGCUCAUUGCAGUAGCCCAGCACGACUCACCUGAGUUCCACAGGCAAUCUCAGGAAUAUUGUCAGGUUCUUCGUACAGCAGGUUGGAAGGUCUCCUUGCUAGACCUAGCAGGCACAGAUCACUUUGAUGUCAUUGAGAGACUCUCCCAAGAGAACUAUCUCCUCACACAGGUGAUUUUGAACAUGAUUUCAAGUGGCUGAAGCCAGUAAAAGAACAAUUGUGGUCUGCCUGCUGUCCUUUUCUCCACUGUCUUCCCACUGAACUCCUUUAGGUCAAACAAGGACUGAGCUUUCUGCCUAUUUCUUUUCUCAGUUGCAGAUGUAUUGAGACCAGGGAUAUCACGUGGAACUUUGAACAGUCCAUCUCUGCUCUCACACUGUGACAUCUAUUAUGGCAUAAGAGAUGAAAGCAA